AUGAAGGAGGAAAAGCAUGUGUGGUCGUCGGUAACCCAACAUGAUGAACGUUUGGACUAUAUGGAUGAGCAGGAAAAAAGGAGACGCUCAGGAGUCUUCCGUGGCUAUGAUGUGAAUUACAAUCACAAUGAUGCUGAGAUAUUCGCUAAACUUGGACUUGGGCCAGAUCGAACCACGAUUUCCCUUUACGGUCCCAAACAACAACUUUCGGUUGCAAAAAUCGGGAAUUUGCGUUGUAUUUUCUUCAUUGAUUUUUAUAAUUUUGGAAGGAACACAACUGCAUACGAACAGGAGAAGUCGCUGAUUGCUAAAAUCGGCAAGAAGUUCUUUGAUAGGACGACGGCUGACACGUUCAGUGCAGUGUUGACGUCAUACGGCUAUGUUCGCUCACUUGAUGAGGACAAGCGCCAUCGUAGUGGAUUAUUUGAUCCCGAAUACGAAAUACAACAUGAUUUCUCCGAUUCUGAAGAAACUCUUGCAAAAAUGACGAUUUCUACUGAUGGGAACAAUCCUACGCGAACUUCUGAGUAG